CAAGCGAUAAACCCUCUAACUAUUUGCCAUUGUUUCAGGACAAUUUGGUCUUCCAGAAACAAUGAGCGUGGCCAUUCUCAGUGCAGAAACCAUAACCGAAUUCAUCGGCGACGCCGAAUCGUUCGAUCACAGCGCAGACGAACGGUUCCGGUUGCUCGAUACGGAUGGAGAUGGCAUCCUCUCCAGCGUCGAGCUACAUCGAGGGCUCGACGAGAGCCUGGGGUUGGAGUACGAGAUACGAAUGGAAGACAAGGUGAACGAUCUCUACGACACGUUCUUUGCACGUUUUGACGAGGAUAACGACCGGGCGAUCAAUCCCGAGGGGUUUAAGUUGCUCUUCAGGGAAAUAAUGGUUGCACUAGCCCGCGGAAUCGGCGGCACGCCAGUCCUAAUGGCUCUUCAGCCUGAUAGUUUGUUCAACAAGGCCGUGGAACAUGAAUUGGCACGAAGGAAGAAGAACCAAAUAUCAAAAGUAUCUGAAUCAGCGACCCCUAAAAGCCUUAUUAGUCCGAGGGCUAGAGUGCGGAAACCACGUUCGCCUGGGGGAGGCCUCCUCGUUUGCUUCUUCUGUGGUGCAGAUUCGACCAAGAAGGACGAUCCCUGAUCGAUUGUUGUACAUACACUGCGAGAAUCAAGUCUGCCAUGGGGUUCUCUGUUAAACCGAAACCAUCGGUUUCUAGUCCGAAUCGAGAUUGCGAACUCGUUUGCCCAGAGCGUGCAGUAAAAUAAGAUUUCGGCUGUUGGCAGUAUAUUAUCGGUUCAUGUAUUAUAGGCUUUAUGUACUCUGAAACCCAUCGGGCUGCCAUUCUCUGUUCUCAAUGGAAGGGUAAAUUGGCAUUUGCGUGUCUACUA